UUAAUUUUUAGUGAUUGCUACUAUUAUUGGUUUUGGUUUAUAUCACCACACCACAUUUGAGGCAAAUUCACAAACCACACAAAGCUUUCACCUUUACAAAAAUCUCUUCUUUCUUUUAUGGCGUUGAGAGUGUUCUUCAUUAGCUUCUCCGAAAAUUGGCCUCUAAAAUGCUCUCUCUCUUCCAUCCAUGCUUUCUGAUUGUUAUUUCAGGAAUUUGAGGUGAACCCAGUUAGGAUUUUGUAGAUAUUUCUGUGACCCAGAUUGAGAUUUCAUGGAUACUUUACUUAAAACUCAUAACAAGCUUGAAUUCUUGCAUCCACUUAAUGGGUUUUAUUCAGAGAAAUUGAGCAAUUCAUACCCAACAACAACACCUAAGCUUCAUGAGCUUAGAUUUGGUGUUAAGAAAUCUAACCCCAAAUGGAGUAAGACUACUUGUGUUAGGGCUAGUAGUACUAGUAGUGCUCUAUUAGAACUUGUGCCAGGAACCAAAAAGGAGAAUCUUGAUUUUGAGCUUCCUUUGUAUGACCCAUCAAAGGGUGUUGUAGUGGACCUUGCUGUUGUUGGUGGCGGUCCAGCGGGGUUAGCCGUGGCGCAGCAAGUAUCCGAAGCAGGGCUUUCGGUUUGUUCCAUUGACCCUUGUCCAAAAUUGAUUUGGCCUAACAAUUAUGGUGUUUGGGUUGAUGAAUUUGAGGCCAUGGAUUUGCUUGAUUGUCUUGACACUACUUGGUCUGGUGCUGUUGUGUAUAUAAGUGAAAAUUCCAAGAAGGAUUUAGAUAGGCCUUAUGGGAGGGUCAAUAGGAAGUUACUUAAGUCAAAAAUGCUCCAAAAGUGUAUAUCAAAUGGUGUUAAGUUUCAUCAAGCUAAAGUUAUUAAGGUUAUACAUGAGGAAACUAAAUCAUUUUUGAUUUGUAAUGAUGGUGUUACUAUUCAAGCUUCUGUUGUUCUUGAUGCCACUGGUUUCUCUAGAUGUCUUGUACAAUAUGAUAAGCCUUAUAAUCCAGGUUACCAAGUUGCUUAUGGGAUUUUAGCUGAGGUUGAUAGUCACCCAUUUGAUGUAGAUAAAAUGGUUUUUAUGGAUUGGAGAGAUUCUCAUCUCAACAACAAUUUGGAGUUAAAAGAGAGUAAUAGUAAAAUCCCUACUUUUCUAUAUGCAAUGCCCUUUUCGAAAAACAGGAUAUUUCUUGAAGAAACAUCUUUAGUAGCUCGACCCGGAUUACCUAUGAGGGAUAUUCAAGAAAGAAUGGUGGCUAGGUUAAAGCAUUUGGGGAUAAAUGUGAAGAGCAUUGAAGAAGAUGAGCAUUGUGUUAUUCCAAUGGGCGGGCCACUUCCCGUGCUUCCUCAAAGAGUUGUUGGUAUCGGUGGUACAGCUGGGAUGGUUCACCCUUCAACCGGUUAUAUGGUAGCAAGAACCUUGGCUGCAGCUCCUAUUGUUGCUAAUUCCAUAGUUCGGUAUUUGGGAUCUGAUGGAGGCCUUUCGGGACAUCAAUUGUCCACCGAAGUUUGGAAAGAUCUAUGGCCGAUAGAAAGGAGGAGACAAAGGGAGUUCUUCUGUUUCGGUAUGGAUAUUCUUCUUAAACUUGAUUUGCCAGCCACAAGAAGGUUUUUUGAUGCAUUUUUCGAUCUAGAACCUCAUUAUUGGCACGGGUUCUUGUCGUCUAGACUAUUCCUUCCCGAGCUUUUACUAUUCGGGCUUUCUCUGUUUUCUCAUGCCUCCAAUACUAGUAGAAUAGAAAUCAUGGCUAAGGGAACUGUUCCUUUGGUAAACAUGGUCAAUAAUCUGAUACAAGAUAGAGAUUAGGAAGGAUUGAAUACGAUGAUAUUCAAUUGUUUGUUGUAUGCUAAUUGUGUUUAUAAUAUGCACUUUUUUCUCUACAGAUUUUUGAUGCUGUUGCUUGUAAAAUUGUGAAUCAUAUCAGCUGUAAUGCAUUUGAUCAUAAAUGUAUAUUCAAUCAUGUGGUUGUAACAAA